AAUUUCAGUUCAGUAGCUUCACAGCCGCAGCGCUGUUAAGAAGUGCAAAUUUUGUUUUGACUUCCUGCAAUUAUUCUCCGUGAUAUUUGUAAAUAAGAUUAUCGCAGUUUACUUAAAAUGGUGUUAAAUAGGAAAACUUCAGGCGUGCCAAAAUUACUCGCGCCCACCUUCGGAAGACGCCAUUUGCAAUGUUUCAUGAUAUGCAUCGGCUUCUCGGCCGCCUUUGCGAUGCGCGUCAAUCUCUCUGUAGCCGUUGUGGCAAUGAUGGAUAACAAAGCCGCCAACCCAGACUUUCCCGAGUACCAAUGGUCGGAGAAAACCAAAUCACGUAUACUAAGCAGCUUCUUUUUGGGCUACAUGAUCACGCAGGUACCUGGUGGUAUGCUGGCGCGUCGCUUAGGCGGUAAAAUAUUGUUAUUGCUGAGUUUCUUCAUAAGCAGUGUGCUAGCGUUGCUCACACCAUGGGGUGUAAGUUUAGGCGGCUGGAAACUACUGUGCAGUAUACGCUUCCUACAAGGUUUGGGACAAGGCACAACAAUGCCCGCAAUACAUACACUCGUCGCGAAAUGGUCGCCGGUAGAGGAGCGUAGUUCACUCUCAGGUUACUGUUAUUUAGGUGCCCAAUUGGGUACGGUCGUCAUAUUGGCUUCAAGUGGUGUGCUGGCUUCUUCCAGUCUCGGUUGGCCAGGUCUCUUCUAUAUACCUGGCGUUGUGGGUCUCUUAUGGUCUGCGACGUGGAUCAUUUGGGGUGCCAAUUCACCGGAUGAAUGUCGUAGCGUGAGUGCAGCUGAGCGUGCGCUUAUUGCAGAAUCACUGAAUAUGAAGGCGAAGCAAGAGGAGGGUAAGCGACCGCCACCUGUGCCAUGGCGCAAAAUCUUUACAUCGCUGCCUUUCUUGGUCACACUACUAUCACAUUGUGCCAAUUCGUGGGUAUUUUGGACGCUGCUCACACAAAUACCAUCGUAUUUGAAGAGCGUGCUCGGAAUGGAUAUCAAAAGUAAUGCUCUACUCUCGGCGCUACCUUAUUUCACAAUGUUACUUUUGGGUAUGGCUUUCUGUCCGCUGGCCAAUUACUUGGAGAAGAGCAAUCGCAUUAGUGCCACAACUAGUCGGAAACUGUUUAACUCGAUUGGUCUGUGGGUGCCAGUCAUAACGCUGAUUUGGUUGGGUUACAUGACGCGCGAACAAUCUGAUUUAGCUGUUAUUUUACUGACAUUUACAGUGGGCAUGAGUGCGGCUACGCACUUGGGCUUCCAAGUCAAUCAUAUUGAUUUGACGCCAAAUUUUGCUGGCACCCUCGUGGGCUUAACAAAUUCAGCGUCACAAGUCGCAAGCAGUAUAGCGCCACUGCUGGUGGGAUAUGUCGUCACAGAUACGACAAAUCCUGAACAGUGGCGCGUUAUAUUUUUCAUAGCCGCCUUCAUUAGCUUCAUCGGCAAUCUGCUCUUCGUGUUCUUCGGUACAGCCAAAGUGCAAUCGUGGAAUGAUGAGCAAACGGAGAAGGUCUAUGAAUUGAAGCCACUUAAUCAAGUAGUCAUUAAAGAGUCCAAUGGAAAAAAAGAAAUUACGAAAUAGGCUUAUAAUAAGAC